AGGCAGGCCAGUGCCAGGCACUUGUCUCUCACACCUGAAAGUCACGAGAGUCCACAGGCUCUGCUGCAGGACUUGGUGGGGCCGUGGAGCUCUCAGUCCAAAGUGAUGCUGAUGUUCACGGGCGAGGUGCGUGAGCAGCAGAAUGAGCAAAACCUGACGCAGGUGUGUGUCACGUUCCUGGGAAGGUUCUACCAGAGUCUAAAGGACAACGACGUUGAGUUCACACCUGCCAGUAUUGAAAAGGAGCUCUUGAAAUCCUGCAAAGAAGCAAAAGGCAAAGAGAACCGCUUGUGCUAUUAUGUUGGGGCCACAAGUGAUGCAGCCACCAAAAUCAUUAAUGAGGUAUCAAAGCCCAUGAGUCAUCACAUCCCCGUGGAAAAGAUCUGUGAGAAACUAAAGAAGAAAGACAGUCAGAUCUGUGAACUAAAAUACG